ACUGCAUAAUCCUUCUAACUUCCAAUCAUGUGACCAUCUUAUCUUCUUACUCCUCCAAAGCAACAUCAUCAUUAUCAUUAUAAUCAUAAUCAUCAUCACCAUUCCUUGCAGUAUUAGCUUCUUCAUUCACUAGGGAUGGAAGCUUCCAAGAGCAAUCCCAAUGCCCAUCUCCUAGAAGAACUAGAGACUCUGAGUGAAUCCCUUUACAAAUCACACACAGCUCGAAGAACAGCUUCCCUUGUCUUGCCACGAACUUCAGUUCCAUCUGUUGAAGAUAAAGUUGAUGAUGAAAUUAGUAACAGACCACGAGCACGUCGCAUGUCCUUGUCCCCAUGGAGAUCAAGACCAAAGCUUGAUGAUGCCAUCGCCAAUGCAGAAAUCAAAAAGCUGGAUGAUAACAUAUCAACUUCUUCAGGUGACAAUGACAAGAAAGGGAUUUGGCGGUGGAAGCCUAUACGGGCUUUGUCUCAUAUUGGAAUGCAGAAACUAAGCUGUUUGUUUUCUGUUGAAGUGGUCACUGCUCAAGGCCUUCCUUCUUCCAUGAAUGGACUUAGGCUUUCUGUUUGUGUUAGAAAGAAGGAGACAAAGGAAGGUGCUGUUAAGACAAUGCCAUCACGUGUUGCACAAGGUGCUGCUGAUUUUGAAGAAACACUUUUCAUCAGGUGCCAUGCUUAUUAUACCACAAACCAUGGAAGUGGAAGGCAGAUUAAGCUUGAGCCACGCCCGUUUUGGAUAUACCUUUCUGCUGUUGAUGCUAAAGAGCUUGAUUUUGGAAGAAGCUCUGUGGAUUUGAGUGAGUUGAUUCGAGAAUCCAUUGAGAAAAACCAACAAGGCACUCGGGUUCGGAAAUGGGACACAAGCUUUGGUUUGUCUGGGAAGGCAAAAGGAGGAGAACUUGUUCUGAAACUGGGUUUCCAGAUCAUGGAGAAAGAUGGAGGAGUUGAUAUAUAUAAUCAAGUGGAGAAUAAUUCAAAGUCCAGCAACAAGUUGAAAUUGAGUACUUUCUCAUCUUCUCUUGCUCGUAAACAAUCCAAGACAUCCUUCAGCAUGCCUAGUCCAAGAAUGAUGAGCAAAAACGAUUCUUGGACUCCUUCACAGUCAGGAUUAGCUGAGGAUAUUCAAGGAAUGGACGAUUUGAAUCUUGAUGAACCUAAAGAAAAGGUGGAGGAUUUUGAUCUUCCAGAUUUCGAGGUUGUUGAUAAAGGGGUUGAGGUUCAAGAGAAGGAAGAAGAUGGAGGAGGGGAACCUGAGAAAUCAGAUUCAAGUGAGGUUGUCAAGGAAAUAGUUCAUGACCAUUUUCACCUUACAAGAUUGUCAGAGCUUGAUUCAAUUGCCCAGCAGAUAAAAGCUCUUGAGUCUAUGAUGGGAGAUGAUGACAAGUUUAUGAAAAUAGAGGAUGAGACAGAGCCACAGAGGCUAGAUGCAGAUGAAGAAACAGUGACUAGGGAGUUUCUUCAGAUGCUCGAGGAUCAAGACAGCAGAGGAUACUUGUUCAAUCAACCUGAAAUACCACCUAUGCAACUUGAAAAACAUGAGGAUUCUACUACAGAUGGAGAAUCCAAAGUGUAUCUUCCUGACCUUGGAAAGGGCUUGGGUUGCGUGGUUCAAACAAAGGAUGGUGGCUACUUGGCUUCCAUGAAUCCUUUAGAUAUUGUUGUGGCUAGAAAAGAUACUCCAAAGCUAGCAAUGCAGAUAUCAAAGCCUUUUGUGUUGGCAUCACAUCAAUCCCUGAGUGGGUUUGAGUUAUUUCAGAAAUUGGCUGGCAUUGGUCUUGAUGAACUCAGCUCUCAAGUUUUGUCCUUGAUGCCCAUAGAUGAACUGAUAGGCAAAACUGCAGAACAGGUUGCUUUUGAAGGCAUUGCUUCUGCCAUCAUACAAGGUAGGAACAAGGAAGGAGCCAGUUCAAGUGCUGCUCGCAUAGUUUCUUCCUUGAAAAGCAUGGCAAAUGCAAUGAGUUCAGGAAGGAAAGAACGAAUAUCAUCAGGACUUUGGAAUGUUGAUGAAGAUCCACUAACUGCAGAGAAGCUUCUGGCGUUUGCAAUGCAGAGGAUAGAGUCCAUGACAGUUGAAGCUUUGAAAGUUCAAGCUGAUAUGGCCGAGGAAGAACCUCCAUUUGAUGUUUCUGCACUAAGCUCAAAGAAAGGGGACAGUGGGAAAGAUCUUUUGGCUUCUGCUAUUUCACUUGAGGAUUGGAUAAGAGACCAAACCUACAACAAGAACACUGAAAGUUCUGAUAGUGAACCACAAAGAGUCACACUAAUAUUAGUUGUUCAAUUGAGGGAUCCAAUGAGACGCUAUGAAGCAGUUGGAAGCCCUGUGAUGGUACUUAUUCAUGCAAUACGUGCUGACACAAAGGUCAAUGAAGAGAAGAGGUUCAAAGUUAUGAGCAUGCAUGUUGGAGGUUUCAAGGUGAGGAGUGCCACAAAGAAGAAUGCAUGGGACAAUGAGAAGCAUAGACUAACUGCAAUGCAAUGGCUGGUUGCAUAUGGGUUGGGAAAGGCAGCGAAGAAAGGGAAACAAGCAUUGGCAAAGGAGCAAGACCUGUUAUGGAGCAUUUCAUCACGAAUAGUGGCUGACAUGUGGCUGAAAACCAUGAGAAAUCCAGACGUCAAGCUUGUAAAGUCCAAGUGAGAAGUUCUUCUCUACACAACUGAGCCACUGCAGUUACCUAUAAUAUUUGUGCAGUGUUAUGAAUACAAGAAUUGUGUAUAUGUCAUGUCAUCAUUAGUUGUUUUUGUACAAGUCAAUAAAAUUUCUCAGUCAUAUAUAGAACAUGUGAUAUUUGAAUGAUAAAGGGUUAGAUUAGCUUUAUAGGGUCCGAGAAACCCUGUUUCCAUUUUUUUUAUUCCUUUCUUUUUGUUUUUGUUUUUGCCCCCCGCUUUUGGGUCUGUCAGUUCAUGUCUGUUGAUUGGGUUGGAUUAGACAUUAGUACAAAAGCAUGCAUCUCAGCAUUGUGAAUAUACAUGGAAAUAUAGACAUUUGAAGUAGUAACUUGUGAGUUGUAAUAG